AUGCCUCCGCAACUUCUACCGGCCUCGGCCGCCGCCUUCGCACCCCGCGCCUCCUCCGUCAACGUCGUCUUGGGCGCCAAAGUCGAACCCUGGCUGACACAGACCCUGAAGCGCAUCAAUAGGAUAAAGCGUCCCCUCAACAGCGUCCCGCAACACCAGCGAUGUCUGACCGAGACCCUGUCCAACACCAACGCCAUCUGGACCCUGUCUUCCCUGAUGCUGCCCAAGGCCCCCGAGUCACAACUGCGCAAGGACGACAACCCUCUUGUGGAGGCCCUCUUCAACUACGAACUCGUCCACAUCGAGGCCUACAUCGUUCACGUCGACAUGGUGCUGCGCAAUGAGGUCGCUUACAAGCUGACGACCGACACGAUCGACGCCCUUGUCGAGUACCACGAGGAGAUUCACUGCGUCGACGCCAAGGCCAAUGUCCACGACUGGUCCGAGAAGGAGCAGCAGUGCAAGAAGCUGCACGACGACUUUGUCCAGGCCAUCAACAAGUUUGUCUUCCGCACCCACGUGUCAGCCCUCGAGGGCCUCGAGGAGGAGGGUGCCGGCGAGCUCCUCAACGGAAAGAGCGACGACGUCAAGACCAGCAUCCUGGGUCUCAUGAAGCCCCUGCUGCCGCCGCCGCCCAAGGUCGUCGACGUCUUCAGGCAACCUCCCCUGCUGCCCAGCUCGCCCGCCCACCUCGGCAUGUGGUCGCAGCCCACCCAGCAGCCCGCCAUGCCUGCCCCCGUCGACAUGUGGAGGGUGCUGCCGUCGAGCCCCAGCGUCACGUCGACAUCCCACGAGUCUGCGUCGCCCAUCUGGGCCAACAUGGCAAUGUCAGAGGUGCAACUGCCGUCGCCGACCCCGGCCUACACCCAGCCCUUCUCGUCUGCCGGUCUGUUCUACAGCUCGUCGGUCGUCACGGCGCCCAUCCCUGCGCUGCCGCUACCCAGCAUGUUCGCGCCACAAUGCGGCGUCGGCAUGGGCUACGGCGGCUUCGGCUGGGACAGGUACCAGGAGUAUGCCACCAUGACCUGACAACCACCAUCGACUACUGCCGAGAGCUAUCCUACGGUCACAUCCUCCCUCCUAAUGCCUCCCCGUUCACUGGGCCACCGGCAGCACGUGCAGACAGACAGACUCUCUCCCAUCCGUCGUCCCCCUCGUCGCGGCGUAGAAUCAUCACUCUCAACCCACACAAAGGCAUAUCGGCGUUAUUUGUUGCAUCAACCAAGGAGCGGCCGGUGUUCGAGGACUCGCGACAAGGCAAAAAUUCCCCCUCUCUCUCUUUCCCUCUCCCUCCCAUUCCCCGAACUGUACUGGUCCGGAUUUCUCUUUUCUUCUUGUCGAGCAACCCAAGCGAGCGUUUUCUGAUUUUCUCCGUCUCUUUCCAAUACCCCAGGGGACGACGAUAUCAUCCGACGACCGCGAGCUCGGUACAGGAGACAUCUUCUUCACUCACUCACAUCACACAUCAUGGCUGGGCCCGGGGCGGGAUCAUAUUUGAGUGCAUUUACAUUUGGGUAUACAGGCGGAUCUAGGUUGCUUCGUUUU